AUGAGUGGUAUUCAAUUGAAUCGAUUACUUGUUGCAUUAAAUCGAAUUAAGCAACAUGGUUAUAUCCCAAUUUGUAAACAAUCGACAGCUGCUCAAUCUAAGAAGGAGCCAGAAAAAAUAGAAGUAUUCGUUGAUGGAAAACCUGUUCAAGUUGAACCAAAUACGACUGUACUUCAGGCUUGUGCUGUUGCUGGUGUCGAGAUUCCUCGUUAUUGUUAUCAUGAUCGUUUAUCAAUUGCUGGUAAUUGUCGAAUGUGUCUUGUUGAAAUCGAAAAAUCACCUAAACCAGUUGCUAGUUGUGCAAUGCCUGUAAUGAAAGGCAUGCGUAUUUUAACUGAUUCACCACUGACAAAACGAGCACGUGAAGGUGUUAUGGAAUUUUUACUUGUUAAUCAUCCAUUGGAUUGUCCUAUUUGUGACCAAGGUGGUGAAUGUGAUUUACAAGAUCAAUCAAUGGCAUUUGGUAGUGAUCGGAGUCGUUUUACUGAUAAUGAAUUCUCUGGCAAACGAUCAGUAGAAGAUAAAAAUAUAGGUCCACUUAUUAAAACAAGCAUGAAUCGUUGUAUUCAUUGUACACGUUGUGUUCGUUUUGGUAGUGAAAUAGCCGGAGUUAGUGAUCUUGGUACAACAGGACGUGGUAGUGAUAUGAUUAUUGGUACAUAUGUUGAAAGACUUUUUAUGUCAGAACUUUCGGGUAAUGUUAUUGAUUUAUGUCCUGUUGGAGCAUUAACAUCAAAACCAUAUGCAUUCACGGCACGACCAUGGGAAACAAGAAAAGCGGAAUCAAUUGAUGUCAUGGAUGCAUUAGGUAGUAAUAUUGUCGUACAUACACGUUCUGGAGAUGUACUUCGUAUACUUCCACGAACAAACGACGAAGUUAAUGAAGAAUGGAUUUCGGAUAAAACACGUUUUGCUUAUGAUGGUCUUAAACGACAACGUUUAACAGCUCCAAUGUUAAAAAAUCGAGAUGGUUAUCUUGUUCCAUGUGAUUGGGAAGAUGCAUUAAGUGUUGUUGCUGAACGUAUUGGUCGAACAGGAUCAGGUUCAAAGAUGGCUGCUCUUGCAGGACGUUUUUGUGAUGCUGAAGGACUUAUUGCUUUAAAAGAUUUUAUGAAUCAACUUGGUUGUGAAACUGUUUGUGUUGAAGAACGGUUUCCAAAUGUUGGUGCUUCAAUUGAUCUUCGUAGUAAUUAUUUAUUUAAUGGAACAAUUGCUGGUAUUGAACAAGCUGAUUUAGUUUUAUUAAUUGGAACGAAUCCACGUUAUGAAGCAUCUGUACUUAAUGCACGAAUACGUAAAGCUUGGACACAUAAUGAUUUACAAGUAGCUGUUAUUGGUCCAAAGAUUGAUUUAACAUAUCCAUAUGAACAUUUAGGAGAUAAUACAAAUGUUUUAAAUGAAUUAACAUCUGGCAAACAUGCAUUUUCGAAAACUUUAAAUGAAGCAAAACGUCCAUUGGUUAUAUUAGGAAGUUCAAUGUUUGAACGUCCGGAUGCAACAUCAAUUUAUGCAAGUGCAGCACAAUUAUCAGAAAAAUUACGUGAUGUUUCUGCAAAAGAAGAUAAAGAAUGGCGUGUAUUUAAUGUUCUUCAUCGAUAUGCUUCACAAGUAGCAGCUCUCGAUCUUGGUUAUAAGCCAGAUUUUAAAAGCAUCAUUGAUUUAAAACCUAGUCUAUUGUAUUUAUUCGAUGCUGAUGAAGGUUUAAUUAAACGUGAAGAUCUACCAAAAGAUUGUUACAUUAUUUAUCAAGGUCAUCACGGUGAUCGUGGUGCACAAAUAGCUGAUGCUAUUCUUCCUGGAGCAGCAUAUACAGAAAAACAUGCUAUAUACGCAAAUACAGAAGGACGUGCUCAACAAACACAUUUAGCAACGACUCCACCAGGAAAAGCACGUGAAGAUUGGAAAAUAAUUCGUGCACUUGCUGAAGUAUGUGGUGUAGCAUUAAAUUAUAAUGAUCUUGACGAAAUUCGUGAUCGUCUUGAAGAAGUUGCACCAAAUUUAACACGUAUGGAUUCAAUUGAAGAAGCUAAUUAUUUUAAACAAAAUGUUGAACUUUUAAAACAACAUAAAACAUCAUUUAAUAAUCAACCAUUAACGCCUCCAAUAAAUGAACUUAAAGAUUUUUAUAUGACUGAUUCAAUAAGUCGUGCAUCAUUGACGAUGGCUAAAUGUGUUAAAGCUGUUGAACAACAAUUAAAAUCACGUCAUACAAAUUAA